UGCUUUGAUUUAUAUGUUUAAUUUAUUCUUUUAUGAAUAACAAAUGGAACCGUAUGAUUCUAUUGAUACAAUAGAAGAAGAGAAAUCAUCUUUAUUAAUUGAGAAUGUGAGAAUAUCUCCGGCCAGAUUGUGUUUUAAAAAUGCUUACGCUGGGAAGACAAUUCAAGGUAAAAUCUGUUUUAAAAAUGAAGGAAAAGUCGACGCAUUCAUUAGGAUAUUAUCUACUCCUAAGCAAAUCAAUGUAACAGCUGGUGGUGGAAUUAUGUUAAAACCAGGACGGAAGUUAUUGAGAAAAGUGUGUGUACCAAAUGUCGAUAUAAAUAAUUUAAAAUUUACAAUUAUAAUUGGUAUUAAUAACGAAAAAGUUGUUUAUGAUGUUAUCAUAAUAUUGACCUGCGCUAAAAUUUCUUUUAACCCACCAAGUUUUGAUUUUGGCGUUAUCGACGAAAAUGUGCUUUCAACUCAACGCGUCCUAACCCUUACAAAUGAUGGUCAUUCUUUAGCUCCUUUUCAUAUUGACAUUUCUAAAACUAGAGGACAUAUUGUACUUGAACCCCCGAAAGGAAUUGUGAUGGCAAAAUCGAAAUUUGAAAUAAAAAUAAAAAUAAUUCCAUUAAGUAUUGGUCCUUUAAAUUACACAUUGGUAAUAAAAUGCGAUAAAAUGUUGAUUAUUCCAAUUACGGCGACGGUUAUUAUUCCAAGAUUGGAAGCGAUCCAUUAUUGGGCUUCAAAACAAUUUACUUUAAUCUAUUUUACACCUACUUAUUAUGGACUGAAAUCAUCCCAAUAUUUGAUGAUACGUAAUUAUAGUGCUGGAGAUUGUAUGUUUGCAACAGAUGGAGAAUAUCAUAAUAUGAGCCUUAGUUUAGAAGAAUUACAAAUUCGCAAUCCAGACGUGCACCAUUUUAAACUAUCUCCCAUUGACGGUGUUAUGCAACCACAAGAAACAAAACCGUUUUUCAUAACGUUUUCUCCUAUGUUUAAAGAAGGUAUAUCCAAGAAAUUGUAUUAUUUUUGUACUUUGGUCGUACACAAAAUCAGAUGUAGAUAUUUACAACAAAACUUCAUUGGGCCGGAUCUUUAUACAAAAACUCCGGCAACUUCCUAUUGUUACAGAGCAAGUUUAUCUUCAAUAGCUACUUUAUGCAGUUUUACAAUGCCUAGUAAUACUACUACUAAUACUGGAGACGACCAGGAAUUAAGUGAUAUGGAAGCAAUGUCUUAUUCUAAAUCUCAUGAAAUCACUGAAAAAGAUAUGAUUCGAUUGCAUCUAUGUGGGGUUGCAGAAACAGCUUCAGUUAAAAUAAUUCCCGACGAAAUAUGUCUACCAAACCUAUACCUACAAAAGACGGAAAUAAGAGUUUUAGAAUUACGAAAUUUAUCGGCAAACCUUCCCAUUAUAUUACGAUACCGAAAAAUACCUUUUGUGAAUUUAGAGUCUGCUUCGUUUUAUUUAAAUGCGUUAGAGUCAAAACAAAUCGCCGUGACAAUUAUUCCUCAACAAUUGGGAAUGAUUACUUCAAAACUUGUUUUUGAUUUGUUGUAUUAUGAUUUGCCAAAAGAGGAACAGCCGAAAGUAAUUGGGGAGAUUUCUAUAAAUGUAAUACUUGUCGUGAGAUGCUUAACAGCUCACCCGAAACCGGAAAUUAACAAAGGAUUAGAUCCGAAUUAUAUUAGAGAUGUUGGAAAAUACUGUCACGAUUUGAAAUUUAGUUCGUCGUUUCAUAACACAAAAGCAAUAACAGUUGAUGUUAAAAAACGCUUAGAUCGUGAUUGCGAUGAUUUGGUUGCGUUGCCAAACGAAAAUCAAAGGUCUUUGAGACCAUGGAGAGCAAAAACUGCGUGUUGUACAAUGUUUGCUAAAGUACCUAGAUACGUACCACCACUUGAUCCAUCAUACGAGUGCACUGAAAGUGCGAGAGAUUUUCGUAAACAAAACCAAAGUUAUUAUAAUAAAUACAUACAGAGUACUUUAAAGAAGCCGAAACCACUUAAUAGGAAAUCUACAGACUAUUCAGUUACACCAAAAGCAGAAUUGAUGUGUAUUGGAUUAGAAGAUAAUAUACAGGAAUCGGAAACUAAAACUCCGUGUAAAUUUCGACAUUUUAUUCCUUUAACACCCUCGCAAAUGAAAAAUAUUUUUGCCCAACCACAAUGUGUUAAAACUGGUUCGAUAGCAGCAAAUCACAAUUUAAUUUUUCCUUUACAAAUUCACAAUAUGAACCAAUUUCCAGUCCGCCUGUACAUUCGUUCAGAUAAAGCAAAUAUUGGUUGCAUAAGAGAAAAUCGUUAUGUAUUACAAGGUAAUUCCUGUAUUGAAGUAAAAUUGGUAUACAAUUCCGGAACUGUUGGUUAUUAUGCAGCGAAUCUAGAUUUAAUAUUCAAUGAAAGUAUGAUGAUACCAGUUCCGGUUUUGAUAAAUGUAAUACCGAGAAUUCUUAGAUUGAGUACAAAUCAGAUUGAUUUUCAAAGAGAAUAUACUACGCAAUAUAUUCAAUUAAUCAACGAUUUAAACAUAUCGGUUAAGUUCUAUUGGAUUAUUAACGAACCGAACUUUAUAAUACAACCAUUAGAAGGUGUUGUGGAUAUUGGAAAAACAUUAAAAUCUGUAGUUACUUAUAUACCGGAAGUUGAAGGGCCCACAACUUGUAUUGCAAAAUUUGUAUCGGGAGAUUGUUCUCCUCAACUUUUUGUGAUAUCUUGUGAUAACUUUGGCACCGGAGAUUUGGAUUUAAUAACGAAGGAAGUCAAUUUUGAGAAUUUAUCACUACAAACAUGGUCUUUUAAAGAAAUUUUAAUAAAAAAUUUAAGCAAUUUUACAGUUGGUUGUAAACUCGAUCGGAGUAAUUUAAAACCGGCUUGGAUUAAAAUAACUCCAAUGGAAGUGGCGAUAAAACCAAAUUGUUUGUUUGCUAUUAUAGUAGCAGUUUUGUGUCCAAAAUGCGUUAGUUUUGAAGGAUCAAUAACACUAAUGGUUGUAAACGAUGCAGAUAAAAAAUAUGAAAUUUCUGUUAAAGGAAACGUUGUUUAUCCAGAUAUUCGAAUAGAUCCAAAUGUGAUUUUAUUUCCAAAAAUAUCCUCCAGUAGUUUUGCUAUUAUUAAAUUUACAAUAAAAAAUAAAUGUGCAGCAGAAACCUUCGUUAAUUUCGAUUUAGAAGAAUACCCUGAAUUCAAAGUAACUCAGUCAAAUCAAUUAUUUGAUAAAAACGAUGUUACAUUAGCAAAUUUUCUUCCGAACGAAUCAAAAACUUUUUAUAUUCACUUCUAUCCAACGGAAGCUAUGUCAACAUGGUUUUUUCUUCCGAUUACUUUAAAUGGAAUCUUAGGGCCACCAUUAAGAUAUGACACAAUAACACAACUAGUCGAUUAUUAUCUGUGUGCAAGUAAUGAGAUUGAUGACGAUUCCAAACUUAUUAAUGUGCCACAAAAAGUUCCUUGCGUUAAAGCCACGGUUUUUUCAACAGAACCUAGUAUAAUAUUUUCAAAAAAAAUAGUCAAUCUUCGCGUGGAUGAAUUAAACGUGAAAGAUUCAUAUGUUUUAAAAAUAAAAAAUCCACAAACUACGCCAAAAAUUGUUAUGGUAAAAUUAAGCUCUAAUUCACAACCUUUUUCCUACUUUAUGACUGAUAAAGAAUCUCGUUUUGUGGAAUUACCAAACGGAACAUGUAUACAGUUCAAACUUGGAUGGGACCAGGAAAGAGAAAUUACAAUAAAUUAUGAACCAUUAGAAAAUCUAAAUAGUCGAGUUCUUUUACCAAUUUAUCUUCAAACUGAAGGGCACAAUCAAUUACAUACAGCGAUAGAAAUCAAUGGAACGUGUCAAAUACCAGAAAUUCAGUUUGCUCCGAAUUAUAUAGAGAUAAUCGGAAAUAUAUCAGAGAAGAUUACAAAUAAAUGUACGGUAAAUACUAAUGAUGACUUUAAAAUAUAUUGUCGGUCUCUUCCGACCCAAAUAACAACGUUUUCUUUACGUACGGCGAUUUGUAAAAAUCACUCUCCAAAUUGUAAAUUAACAAUGGAUUGCAGCAAUGGUUAUUUUAGUAUGGCGGAAGGAAGCGAAAAGAUUUGGAUUAAUGAAACCGAUUAUAUGAUCGAUGUUAAAUUAAUAAAUUGCCCAAGUGAAAGUUGCGUUUAUGAAGCGAAUCUUGAAAUUUCAUGUAGUUGUGGUGGUAGAUGGGAAAGACCACUUAUUGGGGUUUACGAAAAUAGUUACCUAACAACCUAUUCAUUUUCUGAGAUGUAUCUUAAAAGAACUUUAACCGUUCCAUUAUCCGCAAGGGAAGUAGUAAAAAAGAGUUCAACUAUGAUUGUUGAGAAAUCAAAUAUGGAUCGACAAUACGAUGUGUCAGAUUUUUGGCCUUUAUUUCCAUUCUAUCCGACUAAAAACAACGAAUUUACCUUCUUUAUGGACGGCUGUGUAUACGCAACCGAAAUGUGGCUCUACACCCAAGGAUUUUUUUGCCAAACUUAUUAUUAUAUACCAAAUUGUAUUAGUAAUGUUUUUACGAUUGAGACGCAGGAUAAAAAGGACAAGAAAAAGACUACGAGUAAAACUAUGAUACCAAUCGUAGAUCUUUUGAAUAAUCUGAUUGGAGAUAAAAUUAAUGAUUAUUUGGAAAUUAAGGAUUUUCCCUCAGAUCAAGUAGAGCAAGCGUGUUAUUUGCAUACAAUUUAUGCGAAAGUUAUAGAAUUAAUAACGAAAUAUGGAGGGACGUUUUCUUAUAUUUGCCCAGUUUUUUAUCUUCCUUUUAAUUAUUUUAACAUCUACCGCAAAUCGUUUGAUUGUGAAGAUACGCCGUUAAAACCGUUAGCGCAUUGGAUAGAGAAUAUAGAUGAAUUUCAUCUAUUAACAAAACAAGCCUGGUUAGAUUUAAUCCUACAAAUUUACAAAUCUUUAUAUUUAUUUAGAUUACCCACGGAAAAAAGUAAAAACACUCCGGAUGUUGAACCGUUAAAUAUUUUUUUUGAUGCUGUUUCACAUAUAUGUUUUGGUAGUUCAGACGUACAUAGUAUGUAUGAAGAUGUAAUAAUAGCAUGGUUUCAAUAUCAUUAUGAUAAUGCUAACUUAUGGGAUGAAAAGGAGAGGGAACCGAAAAUGAUCAGUAUUACAGGGGAAUGUUUCACGGAUGGUUUAGUUUUGGCGACAAUAACAAGUGUUUAUUGUCCAUAUUUACGUCCGUUUUUACAAACGAUCUAUCAUUCUCCUGAAACAAAUGUUGAAAAUUUACACAAUUUGAUUACUGUCAUUCAAGCUUGGGAACAAUUAAAUUAUAGUUUUUCAAUAUCUGCAGACGAGAUACUGCGACCGAACUCUUUAAGAAUAUUCAUGUUAAUGGCUUAUUUGUAUGAUAUAAUGCCGACUAUGUAUCCAAGUGAAACUAUGAUUUUUGAAACUGGUUUAUCACAAAACAUUUCCAAAUCUAUAAAAUUAUCUAAUCCAAAUUCUUAUUCUAUAGCUUAUAAACCAAUUAUUAUUCCUGCCAAUACAUCAUUUGUAUUGAGUGCAGAUAUAUUGAUUAUUUUACCACAGAAAAGUGCUGAAUUAAAUAUAACAUACGUUGCAAAAUCUGCGAAAACUAUAAAUUGUAAUUUAUUACUAAGCGGUGAAGUUCCGAAAUAUCACUACGCCAAAAAUAAAUCAAUAAAUUUAAUUGGAAAACCCGAUUUGUCUUUUCCAUCAACACUAAUAACCCAACCUUGUUAUCUUUACGAAGUAACCGAAACUGAUUUUCAAAUACAAACACCUUAUGAUAAACCGACUUUUUAUGAAGUACGACAAUCCGUAGAACCAGUUGAAACAUACGAAGAACUACAAACUUUACCAGUUUAUACAGAUUAUUCAAGAUUUACUCUUUCUAGCGUGGCAUUCACUAACGAUUUAUUUGCAACAUCCACUGGUGGCAUUUUGCAACUAAAAGGAUUAAUACGAAAUAUAUUUGCAUGUGAUAGCACAAAUUGCUUUUAUUUUUCAAGUCCGAAUACUGGAGAUUUUUUGUUACAAAUUAACACAGUUUGGACCGAUACAUUUAUAGCGGAAGAUCUCGUUGUUAACCUACCAUUGGAAUAUAAUGAAAAUGCUAAAUUGUUUGUGGAAAGACGAAAGUUAUUGAUUAAAAUACCGAUUGUUAAUAACCUUUUAUGGAAAGCUGUGAAAACUUUUACUUACACCUUGGUUGAUUCUGAGGAUAGAAGUAUGUGGGAAAACAUUUUAGAUUUUCCUGCUGGAAGAUUACUGGCAGAACACUUAUAUCGCGUAGCAAGUUUUAUAGCUCCUUGUAUGACAGGUGAAAACGAUAUAAUAUUAUCUUACAAUUUAACAACAGACAACCAAUGUAAUAUAAUAUUACCGGAUCAGAUCGUUAUUAAAAACGAGUACGCAGGUGGAACAAUGGAGAUUGAAUGGGAACCUGAAUCUUUGAGUGAACCAUGGCCAAAAAAUUUCACUUUGACGCUCUUAAAUGAACAAUUUAGUUUAUUGAGAAGAUACAAUGUUGUAUUCAAGACCGGAUAUGAAAAAUCAUCCCCAAGUUUUUUCAAGUGAAAAUUUUAUAAAGUAUCUUUUACAAUCAAAAUCUAUUGAAAUGUGUAAAUCAAAGAAAUAAAAAAAAUAAUAAUUAUGUGUACAAUAAUAUACUGAAUUCUGUUUUUACGCGACUAUACUUUUCCAAUAAAUUCGCGUAAGAAAAGAUAUGGUAUUUAUGGAAAAAUAGGUCCCGACA